GUCGUCACAGUAGAAGUAUCUGCGCGAUUCCGCCACUCCACUGUCUUUUGUAAUAAUGUCGUCUGAGCAUGAAGAUAGACCCAGAGAUAAUGGCCCUGAGGGGAUGGAGCCAGAUGGAGUCAUUGAGAGCAACUGGAAGGAGAUCGUUGAUAGUUUUGAUGAUAUGAACCUGCGAGAGGCUCUUCUUAGAGGAAUCUAUGCUUAUGGUUUUGAGAAACCUUCUGCAAUUCAGCAGAGGGCAAUUCUUCCUUGUAUCAAGGGGUAUGAUGUCAUUGCGCAGGCUCAGUCUGGCACAGGAAAGACGGCCACCUUUGCCAUCUCCAUCCUGCAGAAGGUUGAUGUGGAGCUGAAGGCCACACAGGCUAUGGUGCUGGCUCCUACAAGAGAGCUGGCCCAACAGAUUCAAAAGGUGGUCCUGGCUCUUGGAGACUACAUGGGUGCUACCUGCCAUGCCUGCAUUGGUGGCACCAAUGUUCGCAAUGAUGUUCAGAAGCUACAGGCAGACGUGCCCCAUAUAGUAGUUGGAACACCCGGUCGUGUUUUUGACAUGCUCAACCGCAGAUAUCUCUCUCCUAAAUAUAUAAAGCAGUUUGCGCUGGAUGAGGCCGACGAAAUGUUAAGCCGUGGUUUCAAGGACCAAAUCUAUGAGAUCUUUCAGAAGUUGGGCACAGACACUCAGGUGAUUCUUUUGUCUGCAACCAUGCCUCAGGAGGUGCUGGAGGUGACCACGAAGUUCAUGAGAGAUCCUAUUCGUAUCCUGGUCAAGAAAGAAGAACUGACUCUCGAGGGUAUCCGGCAGUUUUACAUUAAUGUUGAAAAAGAGGAGUGGAAGUUAGACACUCUUUGUGAUCUCUACGAAACACUGACCAUCACUCAGGCUGUGAUCUUCAUCAACACUCGCCGGAAGGUGGAUUGGCUGACUGAAAAAAUGCAUGCAAGGGACUUCACAGUUUCCGCUCUGCAUGGUGAUAUGGAACAAAAGGAAAGGGACAUCAUUAUGAAAGAGUUUCGUUCUGGAUCCAGCCGAGUCCUCAUUACUACUGACUUGCUGGCAAGAGGCAUCGAUGUGCAACAGGUUUCCCUUGUCAUCAACUAUGAUCUUCCAACCAACAGGGAGAACUACAUCCAUCGAAUUGGACGUGGUGGUCGUUUUGGCAGAAAGGGCGUUGCUAUCAACAUGAUCACCGAAGAUGACAAGCGCACGCUCCGAGACAUUGAGACCUUCUACAAUACUACUGUGGAGGAGAUGCCUUUGAACGUUGCUGAUCUGAUCUAAGACCACUGCCUCAUCCUUCCCUCCCUCACUUUCGAUUCCUAGUUGUUUUCCUUUAUGACUCUUAUUCCAGCCCACACCCCUUUUUCAUGCAACUCCACCCCCUCACAAAUCAAGUACUGUCCCUUCUGAAGGCAAGAUAUUCUCUUAUGAGUCUGGUGUAACUUGUUGGCUACUUCAGUGAAUACUCCAUUUUAAGAUCUGAGUUUACAGGAUUACUCUUGUAAGGCUCAUUUAAUCUUGCCCAGUUCUCUGAAUGGUGCCAUCUACUCGUCAAGAAGGAAGCAUUACAGGGCUUUUGUGCAUGUAUGGUGUAAAUGUUAAUGCACUCUUGACCGACAUAAUGGGUUAGAUAUGCCCUGCUUCUCGAGUGUUGGUCUAAUCAUGUGUGAGAUGUGACUGUUUACAUUGGAAUAAAAAAAAACAGUUGGCAAGGGAUGUAUAUUACCGAAUGACGUCAUUGUUUUAUACGGGGGCCUUGGACUUCUACUACAGAUAGCGAGUCACUGCCAUUCCUGGACAGAAGUGUAUGUGUAGACUUCUACACAAUCUGCUUGAGCAGCGACAUGCUUCAGUCCAAUAGGAAUUUUGAGGGACACAAACGCAAUUGUAGGACUGCUGAAUGUGGUCAGAAGCCAUUUUUCCCCACUGUCCAAUUCUUUUGUUACAUCUCAUGUAUUGUCCUGUGUGUGUGCUUGUAGCUUUUUGAUUUUUAUAAAUAUGCUUUACUCUGGUGGGACAUGUGGCAUUAGAAAUGGAUUUUGGAUGGUUGGUAACAGCCCACCAUUGGGUUGGCUCAGUUAUUCUCUACAUCAACUUCCUUGAUGUUUUGGGGAGUGAUGUUCCUAAAACCUACCUCACCAAAACAUGUUGGAGGGGUCUAGAUAUGUAAAGGACCAAACUGCAGUAGUAGAGUAUAUCGAUAUUAAGUCUCUGCAUUGUUCAAAAAUAUGUCUCUGUUUUUUGGGUGGGUUUGGAUGUGGGAUUUACAUUUGGUCAGCGCUAUUUUUUUAAACAAAUUUAUUACAAAUGUGACAAUUAUUUACCUUUGAGACAAAGCCAUGUAUUAAAUCUUUUUGACAUUGGACUCUGUAUAGUAUUUAUUUUAAUGGUCUGAAAUAAAGGUGUUCCCCAUUUUUAUUACUUGUUCAUUAGGGCCCAAGCACUGAAUGGGCAGAGACACUUGUUUUUUUUUUUUUUUUUAAGGAUAUUUAUUUGAAGGUUUUCUGUUCUUUUGGGGUACUUAUCACAAAUCAGAGUCGCUGGCCAAAGUUGCAGGAGUUAACCCCCCACCCCUUGAAAAUGAGUAUGUAAGGCAAGCUCUGUAGCUCCCCAAUUUUCACCUACAGUCACCAAACUUGGUACAUUUAGUUCUCACCAAGCCGAACAACUUUAAUAAUUAUAGUCAUUAGCUCUGUCCAACAGGAAGUUGGCCCUUUUGGGUUAUCUGAAAAUUGCAAGCUUUUUAAAUACUCCUAGGGGAUUCAUGUGACAAACCAAAUUUGUUCAACAUCAUGCCAAGACGUUGUAGAUGCUUUAACUUUUUUUAAGUUGUUGCCAUGGCAAAGCAAUAAAUUAAUGGCUAAGAAAAUUAUACAGGAAGUUUCUUAUAUCUUUUGUAUGAUUUUGAUAAUUUCAGCUGUAUGUAUUGUAAUGGGGGCUGAUCACAUUGAGGUGGCUAUUAUGGUUCACUGUUAUAGCGUGACCAACUGGCAGCAGGGAGUAAGCAAUUUUAACAGUUUGAAAUGGCCCUCUUAUGUUUACAUUAGUUUAUUCAAAGUUCUUUAAAUAAGGUUAAGACACUGCUGAUGUAAAUCUGUAAAAAGAUAUUUGAUCUUAAAUACUUCUGUCAUGACAACACAUUAAUUGUUAUUCCUUCCUAUAUUUGAUGUUUUUGAGGCACUCGGCAUGCUUAAAAUUUUAGGAACUUUUGCACACAGUCGUUGACCAUUAAGGUCUGGGCAAAAGUUUAUGAAUGGUUGGACCCCCUUUAAAAUGGGUGUGGAAGAUGUCUGCUGUAGCACCCUAAUUUCUACCUACAGUCACUAAAAUGGGUGCAUAUAGUUCUCAUCAAACUGGACAAGUUUCAUAAUUAUAGUCAUUAGGUCUGCCCAACAGCAAGUUGAUUUUUUGAAUAUUGCAGUCUGAACUUCUAAAUACUCCUAGGUGAUACAUGAAACCAUGACAACAUUAUGCCAAGACACUGAAGAUGCUAAAUUGUGAACGGAUUUUGAUAUAUUGAACGGUGUUGCCGUGGCGAGGCGUUACAUUAAUGGUGAUAAAUGGGAAACUUCUGUGUGCGAUGUGUGAUUUAGAUCAAAAUGGAGACAUGUUUAGUCUUGUUGGCUAAUCACAUGGAUUUGACUAUUUUGGGUCACAGCACCACCACCUGGCAGCAGGAAGUGUGGCUUUUACAACAGACCUCUUACGUGUACUCAGAUUGCUUCAAAACGGUUUAGAAUAAUGUGAAAUGCCUAGUUGGAUUAGUUGUGCUUGGACCCAUCAUCGCUGCUUGCAGCUAUAUUUAUGUGUUAAGUUUCCAAGUCUACUAAACUUCUACAACAGUUAAAAAAUAUGGAAAUCAGAAAUGAUGAAAAGCUUUUUUAUCUGGUUUUCUUUAAAGCUUUUUGUGUCAAUGCCUUUGUGCCACUUUUGUUUCUUUAACAAAGUUGAAUCAGUCUAAAUGUGGAUGUUUGUCAUUUUGUAGGGUUAGAUGGUAUACAUUCAGUCAGCAUAAAAUAUCAAGAGCCAUUAUGCCUGUUGUCCUGUUAUGAUGAAUUAGUCACUGUGUUCUGACAUAUAAUGCAUGUUACCUUCCUCUGGCCUUGCAAUCAUGAUGGCAAAAAUUUGCUUUAAAUUAACCAUUAUGUAUGAUAGUAAGCAAGUGAACAAAAUAUUUACUACAUUUUCCAAGAAUCAAUCUAAAUCAAAGUUUUGAGGAUUUGUGCAUUACUGAAUAGAAUGCAAGUUCCUUUUGCUUUUACUAUUUUAAUAUACAAUUUUUAAACCUGUCCAGUUGCUCAUAGAGUGAAUUGCAGGUGUUACAUUUAUUUUCAUGAGCAACCAGAAAGUGAUCAAAUUGAUGUCUGGUUUGCAUUCAAAAAU